UUGUAGUAUGCCGUCUCCUCGUCGCCCUCGUCGACGCUGUAAAGCUUCUCAGCUGCGCGGAGUCGCGGUGUUGUCCGCGCGACCGACAUGCGGUGGCAAAGGAAAGCAGAAUAGUAUGCUGCUGCUGGGCUGGCGCGCUCGUUUUCCGAGUAAGCCGCGUCCGUGGCGAAGUUGCGGUCGGGGUCGACGCGGCUGUCGUAGCGCUCGGCGGUGCGCCCGGCCGCCUCCCAAGCGUCGGAAAAGCGGCCGACUCCUUCAUCUGGCCUGCCGGAGAACGCCUCCACGAGCCGGAGUCCGCGGAGGGGGGCACCAUCAAAGCACUCCGGCCGCUCUCGUGGAGGAAGGGGGGGGGCAUGGCCGCCACGCGAUUAUUGUGUGAAACGUUGUUGCUUGUUUCUCCUGCCACCGACGCUUUGUUUUUCUCCAACUUUGCAAUGCGCUGUCUGGGCAUGGCGGUCUUGCACGAAGAACUGGCUUCGACAGCGGGCGGCCGCGCCCCCUGCAAACGCCAAGCCAUUGCCGAAGCUGGUGAACGCAAUUCAGAUAGGAGAGCGCAUGCUAAAUCGUACCCGUUUACCAAUCUCACCACAUGGCCAAACGUUACCUCGGAACGCGUUGGCUCCAGCGCCGUUGCGGCCCCUCGCCGCCGACGAGGCGCGGGGGAAACCUCGACGCGCGGGGAGCAGCGGCAACUGCGCCCUGGCUGACGUCGCAAAUGAUAACCCUGACCUCGCAGGCGGAGGUCGGGCCGCCGAUGCGUGGUAAGCUGUGCGUGUUGCUGGCCGCCGCCAUCCUCGCAGUGGCGCAGCCGAUGUCGUUCUCAUCGUUGGCGAUCCCCCCACUGAGCGCCAAGCGCUUCAGCGGCGACGAGGAGGUGAUGCCGCGGGGUUGGCAGAGGUGGGGCCACAUUCUCGAGCAUGUGAGGCAGUGCGAAAUGUCGCCAAAAUUGUUCGAGCGCGCGUCGUCGCUCGGGCAGCCAGUGCUGCGUGGAGACGCGAGGGGCUUGAUGCGCAUGAGGUAACUUGCCGUCCACGCUCUUGUCGGGG